UGUCCAGACAGUCCUGGGCUCACCUUAGUCCCGCCCCUUCACUCACCCCUCAGCAGCCUACCUCUCCCCCUUCUGUGCUCCCCUGUACUCCUUUCCUGCUCCUCUUCCAUGGUCAGCUACCCGUUUGAAGUUCCAAGGAGUUUUUGGGACCGCUUUGUGCUCCAGCCGACACCAUGGUUCACAGCCGCAGUGCCUGUAGGUUCCUCCUCCUGCUGCUCCUAAGCGUCUUGGUGGCCUUUGUACACACAGAGACAGCCGCAGACUCGACAACCAGAGACAACCAGGACACCAUGUCCGGAGAGCCCCCCGGUGACCUCACCACCAGAGACCCCUUCCAGGGCAGGACGGAGCAGCCCUUCGACUACGAGGACGCCACACACUCUCACCCCCUGGACGGGGAGGAGGGGGGGCUGGGGCCGGGGGCCAUCACAGCCAUUGUUAUAGCGGUCUUCCUGGGAGCAUCUGUCCUUCUCGCCCUGAUCGUCAUCACGCUGAGGAAAUUCACCGCCUCCUAGAGUGAAUGCAUCCCACCUAGCUGGAGCUUGUGUGUGUGUGUGUGUGUGUGUGUGUACGUACGUGUGUGUGUUUGUGUGUGUGUGUUUGAAUGUCA